CCGAUCUCCUAUCCUCUCGGCGAGACAAAACCACACAAAAUCGCGCGCAAAAACCACCCCCACCACCGCGGACACCACCGCAGGGCGUAAGCGCGCACGCCGUCGAGGUCCACCAUGACCAUGCUCGCUUCCCUCUUCUCCCCUUCCCCUCUCCUCACCACCGCCGCCUCCACCUCCUCCUCUGCCACCUCGCAGCCAGCGCCACAGACUGUGAGGCUCCCGGCUCCCAGGCCGCUCACCGCCACACUGGCCGCGGCAGCCGCGGCCGGCCUCCUCCUGCUAACCCCCGCAGCGCCGUCGCACGCGGAGGGGGAGUUCAAGGUGUACUACGGCACGGCGGCGAGCGCGGCCAACUACGGCGGGUACGGCGGCAACGCGAACAAGAGGGACGCGGCGGAGUACGUGUACGACGUGCCCGAGGGGUGGAAAGAGCGUCUGGUGUCAAAGGUGGAGAAGGGCACCAACGGCACGGACAGCGAGUUCUUCAACCCGCGCAAGCGCUCCGAGCGGGAGUACCUCACCUUCCUCUCCGGGUUCCGCAAGCUGGCCCCCGUCGGCGCCGUGCUGGACAACCUCGCACUCUCCGACGUCGGGCUGCAGGACCAGAUCUCGUCGGCGGACGACGUGACGUCGGCGGAGCGGAAGGACGCGGACGGGCAGGUGUACUACGAGUACGAGGUGGCCGGCGCCGGCGCGCACAGCCUCAUCUCUGUGACGUGCGCCCGGAACAAGCUCUACGCGCACUUCGUCACGGCGCCCAACCCCGAGUGGGGGCGCGACGAGGCCGUCCUCCGCCGCCUGCACCAGUCCUUCAAGACCGUCGACUUCAGCGGCCAAGAUUAACAUGCAUGCUGCGCGUUACUUAAGCGGUUUUGUAUAGGCGUUAUCAUCGAAGAAGAGGCAAUUGAUCUGGAUGAUUAUUCAGAACCGGCAUACAGUAUCUUGAUCUGUAAAUUGCUUUCUUCCUAUGUUUCAACAGCCCUGACAGGGCGGACCCGCAGGUCAGCGAGGACCAUCGCAUCACCACGGCUCCGCGCGCGACCAGGCCCAGGAAGCCCAACCCAAGCGUCAUUGGGCUGGCUUGGGUAAACUGAAGCCCGGCUACACGACUACUUGAGGAGGGAUCGAGAUCAAGCGCAGGCACGACGACACGGCUCUUAUUCCCUUCCCCUCCUCUCUCGCCACGAACCCUAGCUAUCCCCAUUCUUGUAAUCUUCCUGUAAUCGCUACCAGAUUGAACCUUUAUGAGUGAAGUGUUGCUAGUAAUCA